GUCCGUAUUCGCUAUGAUGUCGCGACUAGUGUACUUAUUUUUGUUUCUUGUGUAUAAUUUCAAUAUCGCACUAGCAAAAAACCCUUCAGUUAUAAUAGUGGGUGCAGGACCUUCAGGAAUCGCUGCGGCAACAAAACUGUUAGAAAAUUCCGUUACUAAUAUCACAAUUCUGGAAGCGGAAGACAGAAUUGGUGGCAGGAUUCACACUGUGGAAUUUGGCGACACUUUUGUGGACCUUGGUGCUGAAUACUGCCACGGAGAAAAAGGAAAUAUUGUAUUUACACUAGCAAACAACUUGGGUCUGUUAGAGCACUCAGACCCUUUAAGCUCUGAAAACAACAAGAUCUAUGAUUCUAAAGGUUCCGCCAUCGAUUCCGAACUGGCUUUAGAAUUAAAAUCUACCUUAAAUACUUACGACGAUGUGGAUACCACCGGCAACGCGAGUUUGGGAGAUGCCUUUCUGAAGAAGUACAACGUGACAGUAUUAAAAAAAUACACUAACGAAGAACAAAAUCUUGAAGUUGCUACAGAUGCUAUUAAGAUGUUACAAGAUCUAAUCGUCAUGCAUGAAGGUUCUUUCACCUGGCAACAACCAGCGGCUGGAAGACACUACACGGCAUGUGAAGGUGACCAAGCACUAACCUGGAAGCGUGGCGGAUAUCGCAUUAUUUUGGACAUUCUUAUGAAAAGCUACCCAAAUCCUGACCAAAAACUUCCAAUUGAUGACAAAAUUCUCUUAACCAAAAAAGUUAAUAAAGUUAUUUGGAAUGACAACGGUGUGGUAGUCAGGUGUUCUGAUAAUUCUUCAUUCACAGCAGAUCAUGUGAUAGUUACCACGUCUGUAGGAGUUUUAGAGAAAAAUAAAGCCUCUUUGUUUGAACCAUCUUUACCAAAAGAAAAAUUAAACGCAAUUGAAGCUACUGGAUUCAAUGGUAUAAUGAAGAUUAUUAUACGUUAUCCCCAGAAGUGGUGGAAGGACGAUGAUGUUAAUUUCUUUUUCUUAUGGCGGAAGCGAGACUUGUUUAAGAUUAUUGACGAAUUUCCAGAUGGACCGAGAAAAGAUGGCGUUUCUUGGGCUUCAUUUAUUUCUGCCAUAGUGAAAGUUCCAAAUAAUGCUAAUGUUUUUGUCGUAUGGGUCAGUGGUGAAUUAGUACCUGAAAUUGAAAAGGUUUCAGAAGAUGUACUGCUUAGAGGAUGUAAUUACGUGAUUAAGAAAUUUUUGGGCAAGGAUUACAAUGUCACCGAUGCGGAUAAAAUAUUAAGAUCUCAGUGGAACACAAAUCCAAAUUUCUUGGGUACCUAUUCUUACGAAAAAGUUGGUUAUUUUAAAGAGGAUUUUUCGUACCAAGCACAGUUGGCGGAACCAUUAGUUGAUAAUAAAGGCAAGCCUAUAGUCCUAUUUGCUGGAGAAGCUACACAUCCUACGUUGUAUUCAACCGUGCAUGGUGCUAUUAGCAGUGGAUUAAGAGAAGCAGGAAGAAUAAUGGACCUCAAAAAAUAAAAGUUAUAAGUCUAUAAGUUUAAUUUUUGUUAUAUACGCAUCGCACACAUUAUUUUUCUUUUUGUUUUGUAUAAGUAUGAAUUUUAAAGUUCCUAAAAGUGUUCCUUAAAUUUAUAAUAAGCCUUUUUAUUAAUAACAAUAAUGUUGUCAAAAUGAAAUUUCGUUACUUUACAAGCAUUAAGAGAUUUUUCGUUGAUUCAAAUUACAUACUUAAAACUGUGUAUCUACAUAGACGGUC